ACAAAUAAAAAAAACUAAUAGUAGAAUAGAACACAAUAAAACUAUGAAAAUUCUUUAAGAUUUCUUUUGUAGAUUUGAAUAAGAUCAAAAUCUAGGAAAUGCAUUUAUCUGCUUGACUUGCAUUCAUCUUGAAAGCAACCCAAAGAACGUUCUUUAAGCCGAAUCAGUCGACCGCCGAGUAGGCAUCGAAAAACACAACGAUUACGUUUCGUUCCUUUUAUUUAAAAAAAAAGCAAUGAAGUACAACAAUCUUGGUGAUACUGGCAUGAAAUUGUCUCACAUCAGCUUAGGAGGAACUGCUUUUACCAACAUUUACGGAAAAUUCGAUGAGGAUAGAGGCAUCCAGUUGCUAAGAGAGUCGUUCAAACUGGGAGUGAACUAUAUCGAGACGAGCCCUUGGUAUGGACAGGGAAGCUCUGAGAGGACUAUUGGAAAGGCACUAAAAGGCAUCCCGAGGGAUUCGUACUACAUUGGCGGGAAAGUGGGUAGAUACGAGAAAGAUGUGGAGAGGAUGUUCGACUUCAGCGCUGAGAGGGUCACCGCCAGCCUGGAACAGUCCCUGGGCCUCCUUGGCUUGGAGUACGUGGACUUGAUUCAGGUACACGACCCCACGUUCGCUCCAGACACUUCAGUGAUACUAAAAGAAACUCUACCAGCUUUAGAGAGGGCAGUAAGGGAUGGGAAAGCGAGAUACAUCGGCCUCGCAGACUACGACCUAGAUCUCAUGAAGGAGAUUGUGGAAGAGACUGACGUCAAAAUAUCUUCAAUCCUAUCUUACGCUAAGUCGACGAUGAUUGACAAUAGACUGCAGAAUUAUACGACAUUUUUCAAGAGCAAAGGUAUCGGCAUAAUAAACGCAGCGGCUACGGGCAUGGGCCUCCUCUCCAACAUGGGUCCUCAGCCGUGGCAUCCAGCCAGCGAUGACAUAAAGGCGCUGUGCAAAAGAGCCUCCGAAUAUUGUAAGAGUCAAAACGUGGAACUGGCCCGCCUAGCCACCUGGUUCACACUGAGUCAACCAGGCAUAGACACGAAUGUCUGCGGUUUCCUGACCCUGGACCAUUUUGUGGACAGCCUUCAAUGUUUGGAGACUGGACUAAGUAGACACGAGCAGACAAUUCUCGCUUAUGUUCAAGAAAGAUUCUUCGACAAAGUUACUCUACACUGGGAUGGCGUAGAGUUGCCAGUGUACCAGGAAAAACUAAGGAAGAGGCUCGCCCAAUAAACCAUAUCUGGCGCAUAAAUUGAACUAAAAUGGUGCAGGUCUAUGUCGUCAUUCGUACACACCUCUCUCUCACCUCGAUAAACACCAUUAAUGUAGGUACC